AUGUACAAAAAAAUUACAAAUAAGAAAGGAACAACAUAUUCUGGAAAUGUUGUGUUAGGAUUUGAUAAUUUAGAAGUAACAAAUGAAUUAUUGAAGGAUGUAGAUUUUCAACCUUUCAUGGUUACUUUAGAAAAUAUAAAUAUUUUUAUUUUUGCAAUUGGUUCAGGAUGGAAUGCAAAUUGGGAUGGUGUUGGUGAAGGAUUUUGUUCAUCUUUCACAUCAAGAUUCAAAUCAGAAUCAUGUCAUUUUGUGCAAAAGAUAAUUAAAAACAAUUGCAUAAUUGAGAUCUAUAAAGGUGAUGAAUGUAUAGCAAAUUUUAGUGGAGCAACCCCAACAGAGGUUUGGAAAAAGACUGGAGUUUUAAAAAAAUACAAAGAACAUUUAUUGCUUUAUGUAAUUUCAUAUAAACAAUAG